AUGGCCCUCUACAAUACCACAGAACUGUAUGGGAACAGUACAUUGACUGGAGAGCCACAAGAGUCAAUCUCUGUGUUCCCAAGUCUGUUCCUCUUUGCUUGUUUCCUGAUUGGCAUCCCUGGAAAUGGCUUUGUGGUCUGGACUAUCCUCACCAAGUUUUCCCAGCGCUCUUUGACCCUGCUCCUCAUUCUGAACUUGGCCUUCACGGACUUAAUCGUCAUGAGCACCGUACCAUUCUGGAUGUACUCUUUUCUCUACGGCUGGGUCUUUGGAGAUAUCUUCUGCAGGCUUCUCAAGUACCUCGUUUACUUGACUGUUUAUGCCAGCAUCUUCUUAAUCACGCUGAUGAGCCUCCACCGAUUUGCCGUCGUGAUCUUUCCGUUUGCUUCUCAAAAGUUGUGGAGGCCACGCGUGGUGCACUGUACAUUGCUGGUGUUGUGGUUAGCUGCCUGUUCCUUUGGAAGUCCGAUUCUGAUUGUAUCAUCAAAACCCAAGAAGGAAGGUGUGUGCACAGAUGAAAUGUAUUACACCGACCUGCAGCGAGUUACUGUUAACUUCGUGGAGACCUUGUUUGGCUUUGUGAUCCCUUUUACUGUGAUGGCUGUCUGUUACUCCUGUGUACUGAGGCGGCUUCGGAUGCUGAAAAGCCAUAAGAAAAUGAAGACCGGGAAGCUGAUUGCAGCUGUGGUCGUGGCUUUCUUUGUGUGUUGGCUUCCUUAUCAUUUCUUCAACAUCCUCAUAAACGUAGCACUGCUGCUGAAAGAGGGAAACCCGGAAACAGCAGACACCUUGCUAGCAGUGACUCAAGUUGCGACAAACAUUCACGGGGCGAUAGCAUUUAUCAGCAGCUGCCUGAACCCCAUCCUGUAUGCCUUUGCUGCACGGAGCUUCCGUGGCGGGCUACGGGAGACCAAUUUCGCCAAGUUAUUUGCCAAAAUUCAUGAAGACUCAAUAGACAAAUCUGCCGGAGAGAAAUCUACAGGGGACAGUGGUCUUUCAAUGGAGAACGUCUAG